AUGGUAGACGUCCAGCACUUCGGAGACGAAACCGCAAUGAAUGGUGAUCUUCCUCCUCGAGGGAGGGACGACAGAAGCAACCAAUUUGUGGGGCAAGACGGCCGUCCUGAACCCCCUUCUGAAUCACAACCUGAGCAGGUCCAGGUGGAAGAUGAGACGAGUCAGCCUUCAUUUCCCCCAGGUGGUCACUUGAGGGCUGCUCCUCCGCGCCGUCUCACCAGGACCCAUGUAAGUCGCGCGGACAGCGAGCGACGUAGAACGUCCCAGGGUAGAAGGCAAGAUCCUAUAUGCCAUAUUCAAAAGGGGGUAGCCGGCCUCAUCCUUGACUAUACCACUCCAUUCUGUUCUGACAUUAUGAAUGCUCCUAAGGAGCCUAAGGUGAAGCCACCAGCUAUUGACGCCUAUGAUGGCACCUCUGAUCCUGACGUGCACCUCUUGGCUUAUCGUCAUCACAUGUAUGUCCAGGGGACCACUGAUGCAACCUGGUGCAAAUACUUCUCGUCCACUUUGAAAGGGGUCGCCUCGAAAUGGUUUGAGAAGUUGCCCGCUGGAACGAUCCACACUUAUGCAGAACUGGAAAUGUUGUUUUUUGCAAGGUUCAUGACUUAUAAAGAGGAAAAGAAGACGAGUAUGCAUUUGGGCCGAAUACAGCAAGGGAAAGACGAAUCGUUGCGAAGCUAUGUGCGACGUUUCAAUUUAGAGUCGGGACAGAUUCCAGACCUACCUGAUGGGGUGGCUUUUGAUGACUUCUUUAGGGGGCUUAAGAAGGGGUCCUUUAAAUUCGACCUGGUAAAGAAAAGUGUGAGAACUAUGGCCGAUGCUCUGGAUGAGGCCGAGUCCUUUAUUUAUGCCACCGAAAUUUGUUCCGUCCCCAAGGAAUCUAAGGGAACAGAGAUUGCAGACCAUCCUCAGCGCAAAGACAAGGCAGACAAAAAGACCAGCCGUCCUAAUGGGACGUGGGCCAUUGAAAAGAAGGGAUAUAAGGAAAACACCUCCCAAGGGCAGAAGAGAGGACGGCCAUACGACAAAGAGAGGUUUGAGUACAACACCGACUUGUACACAAUACUGCUGGACGUCAGUGAUAGAUAUGAGAUUGAUCGUCUGUUCCCUAUAAAGUCGCCAGUGGAGACUCGGGACAGCUCCCUUUACUGUAAGUUCCAUUGUGAUGUGGGGUAUGAAACAAAAGAUUGCAAAAGUCUGCGUAGAGCUCUUGAUGGGUUAGCCGCCAAAGGAUUUCUGAAAUCAUAUCUCAGCGCAAACACAGGGGGAAGUGGUAAAAAAUUCUACAAGAAAAGUAAGUCACCGUCAUAUCGACGUGAUGACAAUGACACUGAUCCAGAAAUUGUAGCCGUCAUCUCAGGGGGCCUUGCCGCUGGGGGUCCAACAAUGAGAGGGCAAAAGGACUAUGCAAGCCGGUUGGGGCAAGUAAUGUUGUCAGGAAAAGCUCCAAUGGACCACUUCCCUAAAGUGGAGAUUUGUGAAUCUGAUAUGGGCAAGAUAGCCACUCCUCAUGACGAUCCCUUGGUUAUUGAAAUGAAGGUAGAAAACCUCAAAGUAAGGCGUGUUUUAGUAGAUACGGGGAGUUCGUCAUAUAUUACCAGCACAGCUUGUCUGAAUCGUCUUGAGCAUGAUCCUAAGACGAUUGAAAAGAUACAUUAUUCGAUCAUUGGAUUCGACGGCGGCAUAAUUCAUCCGCAAGGGAUAAUCACCCUGCCCUUACAAGUGGGAGGCCGACAUCAAAGUAAGAAUUUGAACGUCCGAUUUCUGAUUGUGAAAGAUCUCACUGCUUAUAAUAUCAUCCUCAGACGUCCCACUUUGAAUCAGGCUAAAGCAGUAGUCGUCACUCAUCUUAUGCUUAUGAAGUAUGUCUGUGACAAAGGCCAAGUCGGCACCAUCCAUGGUGAUCAACAAUUGGCAAGAGAUUAUUAUCUCACCACAAUAAGUCCUGAGGCCUGGGGAGGCAGCAAGAUUGAUGAAAACAGAGAAAGCUCAAAGAGAAAACUAGAUGAGAUAGAAGAUAAAAUCAAGAAAGAAACUUUUACCAUUGCAGCGGCCCACAUGGAGACAAGACGGCCUGAGCCGGUCGGCGGGCACUAUGAAAUCAUCCUUGACGAAGCACGUCCAGAAAAGACGGUGCCAGUAGGGGUUGUUAGGUUAUGA